GCGCGACGUCAUUGACGUUCUGUUUUUUUUAAGGAGCAAGUGACGUAGAUCUGUGACACAAAAUUUAACAAAGUUCUUUAGUUCGUGUUUUCGUUUUAUGUUUAAUUUCAUUCGUCCGUUCUCUUUAUUCUUCUUUAUCUCUUUCGCAAUUUUCCAUACUAUCUUUGUGUUUCUGCAUAACUCUCUCUUUCUCUCCUCUCUCUCUACACCUCUUUCUCUCUCGCCCUUCUUCCAUCCUACUACAUCACAGGAUUCGGUUACAGUUUUAUGAUCAUCUCAAACGUCGUCAUCAUCAAGACCUACUUUCCAGACUCUUUCCCAAUCGCCAUAAGCUUCAGUUUAUCCGCCGGUGCCGUCGGGAUGAUGCUGAUCCCUGUCAUUACGGAGAAACUUGCAAACAUCUACGGAUGGCGAGGCUCUCUUCUGCUCAUUGCAGCCAUGAACUUCCAUAACGUCCUGGCAGGAGCCCUCUUUAGACCACUUACAUCAACUCGGCACAAACAUUCCUACUCUACACAACACGAUGAUACUGCUGAUAGUGCCAGAGAAAGAAGGACAGUAGAGAAUUCAAACAGCUUCAGGAGUGAUGAGAAGACUACAUACAGAGGCCAAUAUUCUCCUGUAAAUGCACCCGAACAGGGAUGUUCAGAAAACAAAGAAACACAGUCGGGAGCGAACUCCUGUCUCGAUUCCAAGAAAAGGAUGACCGUCAUACAGAAUUGCGAACAGAGCUUGGGUGUAAGUGAGCGUAACGAUGAAAUAUCUGAAAAGGAUCGACUGAUUCCUAAGGGGCAGUCGAGGAGGAAACCUGACGAUUUUAAGAGCGGGUCAGUCGAAGAGGAGUCCAAAGCGACAACGGUAGACGGUGGUUGCAUGAGGAGUUUGAUCGAACUAUUUGAUUUGAGACUGCUAUAUGAUUUUCCUGCCUUAAACCCGAUAAUGAUUGCUGUACUGUUGUCUGGGGCGACCACCACAGGCUGGGUGGCUUUUUUGUUGCCCAACGCUCUGGAGAAGGGAUACAAUAUGGAUAAAGCCAUACUGCUUGCUUCAGUAGGAGGUCUUUGGAACUUCAUUGGUCGAUUUUGCAUCGGCUACAUGCUCGGUAAGCGGACCACUGCGAGGACCAUGUUCGUCAUCUGCAAUCUCAUCUGCGGUGUAGCCUUCUGCCUGGACUACGUCACGACCACGUUCUGGGGUCUGUCCAUCCUGUCGGCGUUAAACGGAUCAACCAUCGGGGCUAUGACGGUUCUUAUCUCCCUGAUGAUUGAGGAGAUCGUUGACGAGUCGAGAUUCACCUCAGGGGUUGCUCUGGCAUUUUUAUUUCUAGGACUUGGUGAAAUCGUCGGAGGUUUAUUCGCAGGAUGGCUGUAUGACAUAAGCCAUACUUACGUCAUCGCCUUUAUCGCCUUGGGAGUGUUAAAUGUCCUGGGAGCUCUUCUGACGGCAAUUGUGACCUUCCUUCCGUGCUCUCUAUUCCGAAAUUGA